AUGGUUCAAUCCCAAAUUGUCCACCCCAAUGUCCAGGUAACCGAAAUAACGAGAGAGUUCUGUAGUGCUGCCUCGAAACUAGCCGGGGGCAAACUGGUCAAAGAUGAGCACUUCACAUUAUAUGAGGCCGUCAGCGCCUUGGAGAUUGGUGAUCCGAAGAUGGAUAGCGGGUGUACCGCUUUCGACGCUGAAAGCGACGAAGAGUUCGAUCCUGCAAGGGCCGUAUCCGCAGAGGAGAUUAUAUGGUUGAUGGACCAGCUGAUGUAUCGUGAGGUAGCAUGGCAUAUGGGAUAUCCUCUGUCCCAGACUCUAUUUACUUCCAUACACUUGGAACGACUGCUCUGGCCACAACCAAAGCAGUUCUCUGAUGCUUGCUUUUGGAGAGACCGGCCCAGUACCAGAGAUGCCCCUUCUCUGCUCCACACCGUUUUUCAGUCCUACUGUGUGGGAUUGAUCAAAUGUUGUGACCUAGUUCUCUCCAUGGUUGCGAGCCAGCAUUUUUACGAGGAGGAAGACUUCGCACCACAGAUAUACAAUCGGCCUCUCCUGCACGACUUCUCGGUUGGGGAGGUUAUGGACUCGUUGGAAGAGGCACAUGGCUUCGUACAAAAGAGCAACCUCUCACAGCCCUUGAAGCGGGCACUGAAAGACAGGAUAGAUGCACGAUCUGCUUUCCUUCGACUAUUUCACAGUUGUGAGCUCCGCGAACGACCGGCCAGCUCGACUCUUGAGGCAGAUCUUGCAUUGAUCAAGGCAAUUGAAGAGACUUCCAUCCUCGGGCGCCCAACCCCAAAUGUAGCCUUCACUCUGAAGAUGCAGCGCGGCCUGGCUAGCAGUGUGCCUCCGAGGCCGAUGAUAGUGAUAGAGAAGGAAAAAUCCUUUUCCUUCUUCAACCAGCUUCUCACGGAUACCACAACAGCAUUCCAAAUGCUUGAUAUUACAUGCAGCAGCGACCUGUUAGUCGCUUAUCAGACUUUCAUGGCGCAGAUAUCACAACCCGCGGUGUAUGUUCGAGCACUCCUGCAGUCCUUCUUGAACAUCGACAACAUGGUGCUGGGCCAAUACAACAUCAACCAUUUCAUCACUCAGGAUAUGCAUUCUCUUACGCUCCCAAGUGCUUUGCCUUUGGGAAGCAACAGCCGUGAAAUUGAGGACCUUCCAGAAGAUCAGCAGAUUGAUCUCGACUCUCAAGUGGAUUUAUUUCUGAAUCGUUGCGGUCAGUCCUUCAUCAAUCUUUUCAGGACCUACUGUCUGAACCGCUGCCGGGUAAGGCGGUCAAUGUACCAUGCAGCCCUUGAAUGGGAUCAGAUUCAAGCUGAGGCCGAGGACCUGGAUGCCUUUGUACAGUCUGUUCUGGACGAGCAGCCCAUUCCUUACCCCAACAGCGAGGAACCCACCUUUUCAUAUUCCUUCAGCAGUUGGGUGUACCACUACAAGCUGAUACAACUUCGAACUAUUCUUCAGAUGGGAUUUGAACUUUCCAUCUAUGCUCCGCACGAAUUUACCGAGAUGUACUGGUAUCUCUCAUUCCUCUCCAACUCGCAUCUCUCUCAUCUCGAAAGAAUCAGCUUCUUUGUGUCCUCGAGUCGACAGGUGGAUGCACGCCGGCGAGACGAGGUACAGAUUACUCUGAAGCGCUUGUAUCGCUAUUUCACUUGGCUCAAAGCCACGGAGGCCAUGGCAAAAGCUCUACAUCGAGUCUUCGCCGUAAUCCAACGUCACGGCAAUCUGCGCAAGCCUUCGCCCGCGUACGCCUCAGACCACUUGCGGUACGAGCUGAGAAUGCGGCCGUUUCUCAACCUGUCUAUCCCUGAACCCAUCGACUUUGAUGUGGCGCAACAGUCCCUCUCAUUGCAGGAUCUUCCUGACGAGUCGGUGCUCGAGCAGGCAUCUAGUCUAGUACAGACCGCAAGAAAAGCGUGGGAAGAGGUUUUGAGGAGCGGCUGGGAGUCUAAGCCUCUCCGGCCCACGGAUCCCAAAGCUGGUACGGAGGGAACGGGAAGAAGCAAGACAGUCGCUCCAAUAGUAGACAGUGAGUGGACGCAGGACGUGCGAAGCGCGAUGAAAGCAUGUAUAGGUACAGCGAUUGCAAUUGCUGCCCUGAGUAAAGCUCUCAAGGUUUCAGGGAAUACGGCGAAGGGGACCGGCAUUCCGAGUCUGAAGGUGGUAAUUCCGCCAGUUGGGGAUCGAGACCGGUGGCAUGUUGCAUGGCCUGUACCCAAGAUCUCUAGCUGA